AUGCCUCGUGCUUCAUCCAUCUUGUCUUCGCUGCUCUAUUUGGGCUCUGUGUUUGCACAGGAUGCUUCCACUACAUCGUCUACAGUGCCAACAGGGACGCCCGUUCCCGGCAACUAUGACGGUGCUUUGAGACCGCAAUUACAUUUCUCACCUCCCAAGGGCUUUAUGGUAUACAACCCAACAGCAGAUGUAGCAGGAAACCAGCAUUGGGGUCACGCAACAACGACUGAUGGUUACACCUUCGAAAAUCAGCCUAUUGCGCUUUUCCCUCCAAACAACGAAACGUUCGUGUUCAGUGGCUCGGCAGUGGUUGAUGCAAACAACACCAGUGGCUACUUCCCAGGCCAGGAUAAUGGCGUGGUUGCCGUCUACACUUUGUCCAACAACACGUCCCAGAACCAGAACGUCGCAUUUUCCAAGGAUGGCGGUUACACUUUCGAGCCUUAUGAGGGCAAUCCGGUUAUUGAUAUUGGCUCGACUCAAUUCCGUGAUCCUCAGGUGAUUAUCAACACUGACCAAGAUCUCGCUCACUCCAACUAA